AUGGCAGCACCAGUAGCAAACAGACCGGCAGCUUGGCAGGCCAAUGAUAAAGAAUUGACUCUAAAAGGUACAGAGCCCCCACUAUUCAACGUGAUUUCAGGAACUUCCAUGUCAUGUCCACAUGUUUCUGCAAUGGUUGCUGUGGUUAAAUCCCAUUAUCUUUCAUGGAACCCCUCUGCAAUCAAACCUGCCAUUUUGACAACAGGAGAAAUAAGCACAAGUGGACCAUUACAACCCACAGUUUAUGAUUAUGGGGCAGGAGAAAUAAGCACUAGUGGACCAUUACAACCAGCUGGACUUGUUUAUGAAACCGCAACCAUUGACUGCUUAAACUUCCUUUGCCAUCACGGCAACAAUACAUCCACAAUUAAAGUUAUUUUCAAAGAUGUUCCAGCUGGUUUUGCUUGUCCGAAGGACUUGAGUGUCGAUCUUAUGUCCACUAUCAACUAUCCAUCCAUAGCGGUUCUUAACCUCGCUAGAAAUCAGAUCAGGACCAUUAACAGAACCCUAACGAAUGUUGCUGGAGAUGGUGCUGCAACAUACUCUCUAACCAUUGAAGCACCAAACGGUAUAAAAAUCGCAGUGGUUCCAACUAGCCUGCAAUUUAGAAGAAGUAACAAUUUCUGGUCAAUAUGA